GGAGGGGAGCGGCGGCCCGAUGGGGCGGCCGGCCGGCAGCCUGGCCCCGCUCCGGCUGCUGCUGCUCCUGGCGCUGGGGCACACCUGGACCUACCGGGAGGAGCCGCAGGACGGCGACAGGGAGGUUUGCUCUGAGAACAAAAUCGCCACCACCCGCUACCCCUGCCUGAAACCCACGGGCGAGCUCACCACCUGCUUCAGCCCAUCCCUGCGCUCCGACCACCCCGCGCACCGGGGAGCAGGUAACGUCGUCACAUCCCUCUCGCGUUCUGCAUCUCCCUUGGCGAGUCCUACGGUUGUCCCAGUGAAAGGUUUUAGUAACUCGCUGGAAACGUCACCUCCGAGACAUCGCUGGAGAGGGCCUGUGUGGUUCUGGUUGCCGUGUCCCGGGCACCGACAGUCUUUGAUGCGCUGAGAGGUGCUUCCUCUGACUUGGGUGUCCAGGAGCACAUUGGACCUACAGCUGCAUCAGUUGCAGGAUAAUCAGUGAGAUCAACUGGAUUCGUGCCACACAGAAGACAUUUUCAGUUAAGAUAGGUGAAUCAUACCCUCAGAAUGAACAACUUCUUCAGCAACCAGCUCUGGGGGAGGAAUUCAGCAGAGGCCUCUCAAAUUAAGUAUGAUAAAUCUUAAUUCUGAGUUUUCAUUUUUCUACUGUGUGUUUGAGGAACAUCAUCUAAUUCAAUGAUGACAGCUGUCCAGAACAGUUGACAGUAUAUGUGCUUUUGAAGAAACGUACAUAAAAUAUGAGCACACACAUAUCCCUUUACUGAUGCCGUCUUGUUAGUCCCGUCCCCACAGAUGAGAUGUGUCAUGCAUGAAAGCUGCUUUCUGUGAGAGGUUGCUUUGUGGAGGCAACUGUGCUCUGCCUGUGUAUGUAUGCUUGUACGUGGCAGGGAGCCACUUAUGUAUACCAAAAUAUGACAAGGCACAUUAACGCAUGUGAAAAGUGUUACAGAGAUUGUCCAUUUCUUCCCAAUGUGUUUUCUGUUUGACAUAAACUCCAAGGAGCUGCAGACACACAGUGCAACAGUGUUGUUUGUCCCUCUCUUGUGCUCUCAGGGCUGGUUCAUGCCCUCCAGCAGCCGCAGCUACCUGGAAUGAUGUCCUGCCACUGCCCAUUUCUUUGCUGCAUUAGCUUCCUCACAGCCCCUGGGAAGGGCUCUGCAGGGAAUGAAGACCACGCUUCCCUGUUUCCCUUAUCAUCUCUCUCCUCUCCCUGUGAAGGUGAGGCAGAGCCCACUUAUAAGCAGCUCUGUAGCACCCAGCAGCACACAACACCUUUUGGACAGGGACAGUUUGUCAGAUUUGCAGGGAAGGAGGGUACUUAGUUGAAUCUGUAGCGUUUCUUUGGUUUGGGAGCAGAGCAUGGUGUGGACGAGGCUGUGCUGAGUGGGAAGUUAGUGAAUGAAAAAGUCAGAGUAGGAGCUGCAUAAAGCAGUACACACAUGACCAUCCUGCCCCUUACUGCAUGUCCCAAAACCCAGCUGAGGAAAGUAGUUCUGCUUUGUGUGUGAUGGAUGAGGAGGCUCCACCGACUGCUGCAGACCACCAUGCAAAGAAAGCAGGACUGCCCAGCUGCUAAGUCCCCCUUGUACUUUCUUUCGUCUUUGCUGAGGUAUUUCUGACCUUUGGGCUCUAGUUGUGCUGAGCCCUCCCUCCCUCCUCAGCUCUCCCUCUGCACAAUCCUGAGUGGUAUUCACCAUCUGAAAUUAGUGCAGUUCAUGAAUGAGCACUUCCAAAUUUCUGCACUGAACUCUAGGUUGUUUUAGUUCAUGUUUUCAAACCCUUUUUGUACCUGUGAUUUCUAAGUCUGCCUUGCUUUAAAAAGGAAAAAAUUUGAUUUCCAUGUAAUCACAUGUUUUCAAGGUCUAACCUUCAGAGUCAGGUGAGGGCUCCAUUCCCCACCCUGUGAGCUCUCUUUCGUGAUGUCCAUAUGCAAAAGAGCAGGGCAGCAUCUCUGAAACACUGGCGUGUGGCUCAACAGAGCAGCUCUGCACAGAGCACAUACCUGCACAGAGCACAUACCUGUGCUGCCAUGUGUUGCCAGUCCUGCCCCUGGUGCCAUGCUCUUGACCUGGACCAGCAGUGUCACCCAUCCAUGACAGUGAACCUCAGGGAAGAGCAGCAUCCCCACUGCUCCUGGUAGCAAGGUGUGCCUCUAGCAGGCACAUGGGAUUACUCUUGGCAGAACACAUUUUAACGUAAGAUUCAUUAAUAUUUUGAGGUUAAGGCUGUUAACAAGAUGACAGGAAACUUGCGAGUGUUGACUAAUCCUGUGAUGCCUCAAGGCAGAUUUUGUUUCAUAAGACAUUUAGGAACUUUAGGAUUCUGUUUUCAUCUCUGGAAUGACAACUUACACUUAAAGAAAUUGAGCUCGACAGAAACUCAGCUGUGGCUCUAAGGAGCUUUUGCUCCAGGUUUCAUAUAAGCUUGAUUUUGAUGUUCUAGUAUUUAUUCUUACAACAUUGCAUUUUUUAUCUUCCUAUACAACUUUUUUUCACAGUAUUUCACAAUUACAAUAGUCACGUAAUUUAUAUACAUUGUUAGAGGUAGAUAAAAGGAUAGUUAAUGUCAGCUUCUCUUUACCAUUAGCGUACACUCUAGGUCAAAGUACCUUUUGUGUAGAAAUUAAACAAACUUACACAAAAUUUAUCUCAUGUCAUAACAUGUCAGGCGUAAGGCAACAUGCACCAUUACUGAUGAUUUGCUGUGCAAUUAGUUAAAUGAAAAAAAAAAAACCAUAUGAAAUCAGAUGUCAGAAUUCCUGAGCAAAAUUCUUGACAGAAAGCAAUUUCACCCUUUUAUUCCUUCUGCUGGGAUUUGUCAUGAAAAUCAGCAUGUUUUCAGAGCACUUCAAUAAA